CAUAGAUACAACCAUGUUGUAGUAGAAAGAUCGAUGUAUAAAUCAAACCUAAACGAAAGGAGAUGGAGAACCCCUCCAAAAAUCCUAAAAAUUCUUGUUAAACCAAAACAAGAAGGACCCAAGAACGACCCGCACGACAAGGACAACCCGGGAUUUUUAUCAAAAUGGUCGGCUCUGUAUUUUUAGCUCCGCACACGACGUGGUCGCAGUCGCACUCGGCGCACCUUCACUUUCUCCCCCUCGCCGAGGAUCCACUUUCUAGAACCACUACGUCUUUCUACCUGGACUGCGACGAGGAGCCAGGAAUCUGGAGCGUCUCGCAGGGACCCAAAGUGAAUUUCACAAAAGCCUACGAACGGUUUUACCGAGAGAAGCUACGGGAUCUGAAAGCGAUUUUUGCGACAAAUAACGCACCAGGAGGUUCAUUUUAUCCUUUGGACUCCAGCUUUACCGCCAAGCACGCGCGGUUGCAGCCGGCCUACGCCAUGGUGGACUCUCUCGGCAUUGACUACAGCAAUAAGAUAUGGAUUGCAAAAGUGUCUGGGUCUGGAAGGUUGCAACUUGUAAUGCUGUCUUUGGAUUCCAAAAAAAUGUGUAUUGCAUGACCAGCAACAGGACUCCAGUUUGUGCUACGUGGAGAGGGCAUUUCUCAUGCGAAAUAGGCAUUAGGAAGCCCUCUAAAAAUCUGUGUUCUUGCUAGAUCAUGCAUUAGAGGCAUCAAUCAUCAUACAAAAUAUGCAUGACAAGUCUGCAUUCUUCCAGACCCAGACAUUUUUACAUUUGAUAUAAGAACCGAAGCAGCAACCCGAUUGAAAACGAAAUCAUCGAGAACAUUUCCUCGAAGUCCGCACCGAAGAUUGGCGGCGAUCCGGACAUCGCCGCCAAGAUUUGUGUGAAGGAAGGCGUUGCGAAGUGCGGCGGAUUUUGCGCGAACCCGUUUCUGGGCAGGACGUACUUCUACGAGGGCGAAGGGUUCUUUCCACACGAGGAAGAUGCGCUCAGUGCUGGCGGAGAAGCAGCAGCAGCGGCAGAAGCUCCUCCAACUGCCACAGAGGGUGAACAAGCGGGUUCGGCUGCAGAGGACGUCGCCGAGGACUCAACAGCGGCCACCUCGGGGGAGCCGACACCAGAACCAGAUCAGGGGCUGAUUCAGGACCCGUCCCAGAUGAAAUAUUACAAUGACAGAUGCCACCUCCCCAUAUCAAAUAAACGGAAAUCUGUGAUGCACAUUCUUUGUGGUCACAUUCACAAAUCAGCUUUGUGAUGCUAGAAGGCAAAUAAAGAUGCGGACUGUAGUGCUGGCUAGCGUGGGAAUAAACCUAUGCGUCUCCAGCAUGACAGGAGGCAACUAGACAAGUGGGAAACAGCAUGACAAAUUACCUGCAAGCCAGGCCGCAGCUGCGUCUCUUGGCCUUCUAGCAAUACAAAGCGACUUGUGAUGUACUCAAAUACAGCAUUAGAAAUUUCGGUUCCGAUAUGGGGAGGUGGACGAAUUUUUCCUUUUGAUAUGAGACAACGCAUGUUCUUUGUAUACGAGAACACGCCAAAGUACAAAGACAUGGGGUUUUUUGACACCCUGUCCGAGACCGAACUCCAGCGGGACCGGUAUCGCUUCGAGAACCGGUGUAUCAAAUGCAAAUAUGUCUGGGUCUGGAAAUAACCUGCGAUGCUGAAUUGCGCAUUUUGAUUGCAGCGCUUGCAACAGCAGCCAAGCAUGACAAACUUUCGGAACGCUUUGUUUCUGCUGCGUGGCGCGCAUGACAAAUUGCCUUUCUGCAUAACAAGAAAAGCUCCUGCUCAUUUGCUGCUCAUCCAACACAGAUUUUCCAGGAAUGCAAGAUAAGCAUUACAAGUUGCAAGAACCUUCCAGACCCGGGCAUAUUUGCAUUGCAUACGGUGGUUUUGCUACGCGAACCAGGCACCGAGCGUGGUAACGUACAUGCGAAUAUCCUGUGCAAAAGUAUCGUACUCGCAAUCAUCAUGUUCAUGCGUUUACAAAUCUUUUUCUUGAGGUCAAUCAGCAUUACAAAUUUUAUUUCUCAUGCUGAGGAAAUUUGUAAUGCGUUUUUACGAGUGCGAAUCUUUUGCAAUGCAUAGCGAAACGUGGUGAAAGACGCGGAGCAAAAUGGGGGCGGUCCCAAUGAUGGAAAACUCUACUACCCAAACUGGCGGAGGUAUCGUACGAAAAAACUGUUUCGUUGUGAACAUUUUCUUUGCAAGUUGUUUUGCAUCACAUGUUCGUUACGCAUGACACCGAAAAAAUGGCGUUCGUGUCUCGUCAACACAAGGGAAAAGAACACAAACUAGAGUAAUUCCAUGCCUUGCAUGUGUAGCAAGAAGACAAACACUUCUUCUGUGUUGCAUUCUAUGGACCACAAGUUCACGACAACGAAACAAACGACUUCUUCUUACGAUAGCAGGGCGGAGCUGUUUCCGCCGGGACAACACGGAGGAGGAGAACAAGGCGCGGAUACUAUCCAAAUGAAAAAUCCUCCCUCGCCAUACUUACUAGAACGGAGACUUGUGUAGUAUGGCUUGCUACCACAAAUCACGCUGUCAUGCUAGAAGGCCAAAGAUUCGGAUUGUAGUGGUGGCUGGCGUGGGAAAGCCUUGCAUCUUCAGCAUGAAAGGAGGCAACUGGAAGUGGAAAACAGCAUGACGAACUGCGCGCAAUUCAGGCCACAACUGCGUCUCUUGGCCUUCUAGCAAUACAAGUCGACUUCUCUACGCCAAUCCAGCAUCACAAGUGUCCUUAUUCAAAAUGGGGAGGGGGGAUUUUUUCUUGCAAUAGAUACUGAGGAUCCAGAUGCCGCUACGGUGGACAUCAGCCAGCGUGUCUUCAAGGAAGAUUUUCGCAUAAAGGAUGACGCGCGCACGGCGACCGGGCAGAAUCUCGGAGCGGAUUCCUUCACCACAGACGCAUUAUGCGUUGCAAAAGUAUGAGUAUCGUGGUCGUACUAGUAGUAGGUACACACUGCAUAACAAAUUGACUCAGCAUAAAUGAAAUUUGUAAUGCGGAUUUACCUCAAGAAGUAGCUUUGUGAUGCACAAGCGCAGUUACAAUUAGUACGAAUACGAGUGCGAUACUUUUUUGAUGGAUUAGCAUCGGCCCGGAUCAACUUCCGCGAGGGGGAUGACGAGAGCAACAUUUCCGCGAUGAAGCAAAUCUGUUCGAACUUCACCUAUAUCAAAUGCAAAUAUCCCUGGACGUCUGGCAGGUUGGAACAUGUGAUGCGUCCCGUGGAUCACACGAAAAUCUGUCUUGCGUGAUCACCAAACUACCUUGCCCUUUUCUGACCACCAUGAGCGGGAGUUUCUCAUGCAGGACAGACAUGAUAGAGACCUCGCAGAAACUGUCAUGCUGGAUCCUGCAUUCUAGAUCUCACAGGGCAUGGAAAUUCUGCAUGAAAAGUUUUCACUCUUCCAGACAUCCAGGGAGAUUUGCACUUGAUAAGCUACCAGAGCGGCUUGGCCAAGGACCACUGGCCCGUCGGGGACGCGUGUGACGUAUCCUGUGCAAAAGUAUCGUAUGCUCGUAUUGCAAUAAUAUGCAUUACAAAUUUUUUUCUGAAGCUAAAUCCGCAUUACGAAUUUUAUUUCUCAUGCUGAGGAAAUUUGUGUUGCGCUUGCAUAUAUACAAGUGCGAUACGUUUGCAGUUCAUAUGACGGAUUCUGCUACAACAAAAAGUCAAGAAAAGGCCGGUUCUUCGCCAACCUGUUGGAGAAAAACCCGGAAACGGGCGUGGUGGCACCGAAGAAGGUAUCCUGAGUAAAAACGGAACCCACACCGCAAAGAAAGACGUCAAGAUGGCGAUUUUGCUACACAAAUCAAGAAGUCGUGGCUGUUUCGCAUGACAAAUUUGGACUGGUUAUUGUAGAAGUGCUCUGCGAGGUAGUGCAGACACGACAGCACAAACCGACAACCUAAUCCUGAUUCCAGCAUCACAAACAAACUUCCAGAUAGCAUUUUAGAAAAGGGCUCUCAUGUUGGGGCUGCGCAUGAGAAGCAUUUCAUGCAUGCCACACUGCAUGACCAGUUCCAGUCUUCGUUUUGGGAGGUGGGGACGUAGUUUUUACACAGGAUAGAAGGACAGCGAGCUUUACGAGGACGCGGGGGAGCAGAGCGGAACGAGCGACCAGAUGUCCGAUAUCAAAGUGAAAAAUCCCCCCUCCCCAUAUCAAGAAGAAAUUUCGGAUGCUGGGUUUGCGUAAGUACACAAAUGACGUCUCUCUUGCAGUAUGGGACUGCUACCGGCGCAGCCAGAUUCUCAGCCUGUUUAGGAGUGUAAGAUGCGUCUAGCUGUUUAGCAUGAGAAACGCCGGCCUUGUGGGCCCAACAGCAUGAGAAACUGCAUCCACAAAGCAGCGCACUCAACGGCGCUUGCCUUCUUGCAAGACAGAGCGAAUUUGUGGCCACAAAUCUGCAUCACAAAUUUUCAGAGUGAUGCCUUUUUAAUAUGGGGACGGUGGAUUUUUCUUCACGAUAUCCGAACCCGGGCAAUGGGCGUGCUUCUUUGCCAACGCCAAAGAGCAUGUGGCUUUGACGGAGGAAAACGAGCACGCCGAACUCUUGGCGAAGCGAAAUUUCCUGCACAACCGCGAGUAUUGUGACGAAAAAUCCCCCCUUCCCAUAUUGAAAAGGCGUCCGUUGCGAAAUUUGUGAUGCAGAUUUGUGGUCACAAAUCAUUUUUGUCUUGCAAAGAGGCAAGCGGGGUGGGAUGCGCCGCAUUAUGGAUGCGGUUUGUCAUGCUGCUUGGCCUACGGGGCAGCGCAGGCGUUUCCCAUGCUAAGCAGCUAGACCCUUGCGCACCUAAACAGCCUAAGAAUCUGCCCGCAAUUCCCCACACCAAGACAGACCCCAUUUGUGUACGCAGAGCAUCAGAAAUUUUCUCUGAUUUUCUUUUGAUAUGGGGAGGGGGGAUUUUUUCUCUUGAUAGCGAGUGCUUGACGACGAGCGCGGUGUCGAGCUCGGAGAAGAGCAGUGCCCAUCGCUACACCGGUACGGCCGACUGCACGGACCCGGACACGAAGCUGGGGCACCAGUGGUGCGAACGGUGUACGAAAACGAAGCAGAACCUCCUGUUGCAGUAUCGCAAGAAAAAACUGUUUCACUGUAAGCUUGUAAUGGAGAAAGUGUAUCCGAGAAGUGUUUGUCUUGGUACACAUGCAAGACAAUGGAUUUUUAGCUGUCUUUUCCCUUAGGAAUCUCGCAUGGCAAAUUUUCUCUGCGAUGUAGAGCAAACUUGUGAUGCGGAUCUUCCAAAAUCAUCACAGUGAAACAGUUUUUUGGUGGGAUAUGCAGCCUUCGAUGUUUAAAGCGGCUAUGCACGCUCUGGGCGUGAAUCUGCAGGGCCCGAAACCCCGAUCCCCCUACGGCGCGCUCUCUGCGUCCCAAACCAUCGAGAGCGAGUUGAACUUGGCCCAGACGUUUGGGUCGGCGUUCUACAGUAGUACGAUCCCAACCGCGAGGGUGACGGGAAGUAGUGCGAGUAGUGCCGUCUCGUCCUCGGAUAUCACAGGAAAAAAGUGUUACAGUUACACACUUAUAUAUUGGAGUUUCUGCAUCACAAAGUCGCUCGAAAUGGCAAAGAAAACCUGUGAUGCACAGGCUAUAAGAGAAAACACUUACACGAAUGAAAUGAGGCUGGCAAGCAUUUCCUGCAUGACCACAGAGGUCGUCUGUCUUGCUUGUCUUCCAUAAGAAUGUGUACUUAAACUGUAACACGUUUUUCUCAGGAUAUCGGAAAGCCCAGCGAAGCAGGUGUGCCGCAACGUGGUCAACAAGUUUGUCGGGCGCACGACUUUGCCGACGCUAUCGUAAGGAAAAAUGCCCCUACCCCCGAACUUGGAGGCAUUUGUAUUGCAAACCUUUCCAAAUGAAACAUUCGCCCUCUUGCAUCUAUCAGCAUCACAAAUUUGCCAUGCUGAAUAGCGCAGAUCUGUGAUGCAAAGGAGCCCGACAGCAGGCGGAUCUGUGAUGCAAAAGAUUCCUUGCGCAUCUAGAUUCUGCAUCAGAAUAAAUGCUCGCGCUCCUUUCAUGCAAGACAAAAGCCUUUCAUUUGGAAACUUUGCAUGAGAAACUUUUGCAAAUUCCGGGUUGGGGGCACUUUUCAUUGUAAUAGACGCUGGGCGACAUCUACAACGCAGACGCCGUGGAUAUGGAAUUCUCAAAUCGGUUACCUUCUCAACUGCUGCAUGAAUUUGUGAUGCAAGCACAGCAAAAGAUAAAGGGGGUAGCCUGCCGCUCGAGCUCUCGCGUCACAAAUUUGGCACAGAUGAUCAACAGCCUGUAGUUUAGCUGCACUUGGAGAAUUUGUCAUGCGAAGUAGCCUGACAGUGCCAGUGGUGCGGCAUCUGAUAGCAAUUUUGCAUGACAAAAAUCAAAAUCAUGUCACAGUUGAGCGUGUAACGUUUGAGAAUCUUAUAGUCGAAAGGGGAGAAUCUGUUUGCGGUCGGAGCACGGUGAAGGACGACCAUUAUCUUGUGCAGGUGAAAAAGACAAAAGAUUGGUUCUACUGCUGUGAAAAUGGGGACCAAGCAGGUGGAGAAACAACAAGCGCAGACUCGAGCCAGGCGAGUGGCGCACAGACGGCAAAGCCGCACUUUUUUUGCGAACCGAUCACGGUUACCAAGUGCAAAAAUGUCUGGGUCUGGAAGAGUGCUUGGUAUGUCAUGCAGGUUUUCCAUGACCCGCGCGGUCUGGCAUGCACGGCCUAGCAUGACAGGUUCUGUGAGAUCUCUACCAUGCCUUUCCUGCAUGAGAAACUGCCUCUACGAAACUUGUUUGAAAGUGGACCUCUUUUGGUAAUCAUGCAACACAAAUUUUUCCACGAUCCAGAUGUAGCAUGACAAGUUACACUCUUCCAGACCCAGACAUAUUUGCAAUGCAUAACGGUGAUGCGCAACUCCGCGACCGAUUGCGUGGAACAGAUUGCCGCACAGCAGUUCAAUAUCGCGAGAAGAAAUGGCUUCACGACUGUAAUGGAGAAACUUUUGAUGCAGAAGAUGCAACACAGAAGGGCCGCUUGUCUUGCUACACGUAGCUUUUUUUAGUUAAGCUCUUCUGGGGGCAAAGGCACACAUAAUUUUGUUGUCUAUAUAGUAGAGCAAAGAACUUGAUGUUGAUGUCAUGCGGCAAAGCUUGCGAGAUUUAAACCUCUACGAGUGAAGCAGUUUUUUCGUAGGAUAUUCAAAAGCAGCACUUUAUAUGCAUUGCAAAUAUGUCUGGGUCUGGAAACUUGUGAUGCAAGUCUUCAGUCAAUAACAAAUGCACUGUAAUGCGCCGCCAAGCAUGACAAGUUGCUUCGUGCUUGUGCUUCUGUGCUGCGUAUUCCGCAUGAGAAACUGCGUUUUUGCAUGACAGGCUAGAGAGGCUGUUCGUGGCCACGCAAUACAGAUUUAAGGGCCAUGCCAGAUUAGCAUGACAAAUCUCGCAAUCUUCCAGACCCAGACAUUUUUGCAUUUGAUACUUUACCAAACACCACCACGCUGGAGCAGAAGGAGUCGAAAUGUGCCCAGGUGUGCUUUAUCAAAUGCAAAAAUGUCUGGGUCUGGAAGAUUCUGAGACUUGUCAUGCACGGUUUGCAUGAGCCAUGAUGUCUGUGAUGCAUUUCCUAGCGCCACAGGUUUGUUGAGGGAUUCUUGAUGCCUAUUCCGCAUGACAAAUGCCCUCUCCGCGUAGCAAAAACUAGACGCCCACCUUUGCUGCUCAUGCAACACAAAUUUUUUAGACAUCCAGACGCAGCAUCACAAGUUGCAUUCUUCCAGACCCCGACAUUUUUGCAUUUGAUAUGCUUCAGCCGACUGCGGGACUUCGGGUCCUUUUUCAAGUCGCGCAAAUAUCACGUGGACUGCGUCGAUACGGGGGUGCCCGGACAUAUGGAACUGUUAGGAUUGAAAUCGUCAAAGUUGAAAAGAUUUGCAGUGCAUAAAUCCGAUACCAGUAGGGAGGCCACUUAUCAAGCGGCGCAUGGCAAAUUUUCCGAGCACCGGAAUCCAAUUUGUCAUGCUGCUUGGGCACAGAAGACUGCUUUUGUCAUGCUCCUUUUGCAGCUCCAUGCCAAACCCUUAACAGGCUUACAAUCGGCCUCACUUGCCAUCCCGGCAAGACAGGCAUUCCAUGCAUUGCAUUUUAUGCAUGACAAACCUUUUCAACUUUGACGAUUUCGAUCCUGACACCCCCAUAGGACAGUUGGUGGUCCCCGGCGUCAACCGGAAGGAGGAACAGUCCCGACGGGCGAACGGGAAAAAAGUGCUGACGGGAAGUUUGAAGGUAUCGAAUAGAAAAGACUGUCUCACUGUGAACAUAAACUUGCGAUGCAUAGAAUGGCGACCACAGAAGCAUUUGUCUUGCUAUGUAUACAACAUGCAGGAUAUUAUAGGAUAUCUCGUUCUUGCAUCACGAUGCCGGCCGUGGCAAGUUUUCUUUGUCAUGUGUAAAAACGAACUUGUCUUUAUUAAUACAGUGAAACACUUUUUUCUAUCGAUAAAAUGUGCUGUUUUUGUGACAGUAUCACUCGCUCACGCUCCCAAUAUCGGUUUCAGUAAUUUAACAAGCAGGACGAGCAGAUCAGGACGAUAUCUCCUUCUUUUAUACUUCCCGGCUCUUUUUUGCAAAGCACUAACUGCAAUUUCUUUAUCUCAAAAAAACUACCGUCUUGUGGCACAGAGAAUGGACGACGAUCUCUGCUCCUGCAUUCGACCACUACAACUAAAAGUUGUACUUACAGUUACAAUACAUUCACUUGAUUCCUGGUAGUAUAACACAAACACGUAAGCCUAAGCGAGCUUUUUUUCUGUGUCAGAGAGGCGCAAGACGGUCCUGGAUUGAUGGACGAAAGACCAAUACUAUGGUUGAACAAUCGAUAUCAAAGUACUUGAGAAUAAAGGACAAAUUUGAAGGUGCAACAGCAAACAAGAUUAAAUUAUGGGGACGAGGUCGUACUUACAAAAUUGUUUCUGUUAUAUUUUUUGCUCAAGUAGAGCAUCACAAGUAUACCAGUACGCGGCUUGUUGGUGCCCGAAAAUUGCCCUGGUGCCGCAAUUUGGGCUGCGCGCGCAAUUACUUACAGCGCACUCCUCCCUCUACUCGCGGAGGUAUCACAAGCGCCGCUGCCACCAUGCCGGGCCGCGCGCUCUAGCUUCUAUCGGGG